AUGGCGGUGCGCCGGACGCUUUCCACGCGGGCGUGGAUCGACAGCGUGUCGCCGAUCCGCACCGGGCUGCGGAACGCCAUCUCGUUGACGGCCGCGGUGACCACGCGCCCGCGCGCGCGUUCGGCGGCGGCGAUGCCGGCGGCCAGAUCCAUCUGCGCCAUCACCCAGCCGCCGAAAAUGUCGCCCGCCGCAUUGGCAUCGCCCGGCAUGGCCAGCGUCCUGAGCGUCGGCGUGCCCGCCGGCGCGGACGGACAGGCCAUGCCGCAGACAAUCCGUGCCGCCGUCUGCCGCGCCUUCGGCGAACCGAUGCGCAUCGAAGAUGUCACGCUCGCCGAUCCGGGGCCGGACGAGGUGCUGGUCGCCGUCAAGGCGUGCGCCAUCUGCCAUUCCGACAUCACCUAUGCCGACGGGGGCUGGGGCGGCGAUCUGCCUCUGGUGCUCGGCCAUGAGGCGGCGGGUCUGGUCGAGGCCGUGGGCGACAAUGUCAGCCAUGUCAGGCCGGGCGAUACGGUGGUCGUCACGCUGAUCCGCGCCUGCGGCGCCUGCCAUUAUUGCAGCGCCGGCCGGGACUAUCUGUGCGAGACGGUCUUCGAUCUCGACCGGCGUUCGCCGUUGACCGACGCAUCGGGCGCACCGCUCGGCCAUGGCCUGCGCACCGGUGCGUUCGCCGAAAAGCUCGUCGUCGAGAAAAGCCAGCUGGCGCGCGUCGAUCCGGCCAUUCCCUUCGAGUCGGCGAGCCUUCUUGCCUGCGGUGCGAUUACCGGCGUCGGCGCGGUGACCAAUACCGCGAAGAUGCCCCGGGGCGCCCAUGCGGCGGUGAUCGGCUGCGGCGGGGUGGGGCUGAACGCGGUGCAGGGCGCGCGCAUCGCCGGUGCCGCCUCGAUCAUCGCCAUCGACCUGUCGCGCGAGAAACUCGAUGCCGCAGAACGGCUUGGCGCGACGGCCACCAUCGACCCGAUCCACGAGGAUGCCGUCGACAAGGUGCUGGCGGCGACCGGCGGGCGCGGCGCCGACUUCGUGUUCGUCGCCUCGGGCGCGCCCGCCGCGCUUGAAAGCGCGGCCAGCUAUGUCGGCAAGGCGGGAACUGUGGUGAUCGUCGGCAUGCCCCACAGCGAUGUCACGAUCGGCUACAACCCCUCCAAUGUGGCAAGCUGGGGCCAGCGCAUCCUCGGCUCGAAAAUGGGCUCGGCCUGCGUGUGCCGCGACGUGCCGCAUCUGGCCGGGCUUUAUGGCGACGGGGUGCUGCAACUCGAUUGGCUGGUUACCGCCCGCUACACGCUCGAUCAGAUCAACGAGGCGAUCGCGGCGACCAGGGCUGGCCAGGGCCUGCGCAAUACCUUCAUCGUCGGUACGCCGGAGGGCACGCCGGGCGGGCGCUACCUCAUCUUCGUCAAGCUGACCGAUUCGGACGGCGUCGUCGGCUACGGCGAAGCCUAUGGCGCGACCUUCGGCCCCAAGACCAUGGCGGCGAUGAUCGCCGACGCCGCCGAACGGCAUCUGUUGGGCCGCGAUCCGCACAAUAUCGAGGCGCUGUUCCGGCGCUGCUAUUCGUCCGGCUUCACGCAGCGGCCGGACGUUUCGAUGAUGGGCUGUUUCUCGGCGCUGGAGAUGGCCUGCUGGGACAUUGUAGGCAAGCAUGCGGGCCAGCCCGUGCACCGGCUGAUCGGCGGCGCGGUGCAGACCCGGCUGCGCUCCUACACCUAUCUCUACCCGGCCACCGGCUCGAUCUAUCCGGCCGAGACGGACGGCCGGAACGUCUACAACGAUCCCGACAUGGCCGCCGAGGCGGCGCUGCAAUGGGUCGAGCGCGGCUUCACCGCGGUCAAGUUCGACCCGGCCGGGCCCUAUACGAUCCACGAUCCGCACCAGCCGCUUCUGGCCGACAUAGAGCGCUCGGCGGCGAUGGUGGCCGCGGUGCGCGAAGCGGUCGGCACGCGGGCGGACAUCUUGUUCGGCACGCACGGCCAGUUCACGCCUUCGGGCGCGGCACGCAUGGCGAAAGCCAUCGAACCUUAUGAUCCGCUGUGGUUCGAGGAACCCGUGCCGCCCGACAUGCCCGAGGCGAUGGCGCAGUUUGCGGCGAAAACCACGAUCCCCGUCGCGACCGGCGAGCGGCUGACGACCAAAUACGAGUUCGCGCGGCUGCUGGCGCUCGGGGCCGCGCAGAUCGUCCAGCCCGAUCUCGGACGGUCCGGCGGCAUUCUGGAGACCAAGAAGAUCGCGGCGAUCGCCGAAACACAUCACGCGCUGGUCGCGCCGCAUUGCUAUUGCGGGCCGAUCGCGGCGGCGGCCAACAUCCAGCUUGCCGCGACGCUGCCGAAUUUCCUCAUUCUCGAAGCGAUCAGGGACUGGACCGGCUUUCACGCCGAUCUUCUGGACCGGCCCCUGGUGUUCGACGAUGGCGAUACGCUGGUGCCGACCGAGCCGGGCCUCGGCGUGGCCCUGAACGAGGAUGUGGCCCGCGCGCACCCCUAUGAGGGGCCGGACCUGCAUCUGGUGAUGGAGGAUGCACCGGUGCGCCCGUGA